GGGGGGGGGGGGCGCGGGGCCAGGUGCGGCCGCUGCCUGCCCGCGGCGAGCUCCCGGAGCGCCGGCCUCCCUCCCGCCCUCCCUCCCGACCGCCCGGCCCGGGGCGGAGCGGAGCCGAGCAGCGGCCUAGGGGCGGGAUCGGGCGCUGAGGGGAGAGCGGGGCCGGGCGGACAGCGACCGCAUCGCACCGAGCCGGGGGGAACCGCACCGAGCCGGGCCGGGCCGCACUGGGACCGGGACCGGGACCGGAUGGACUGGGCCGGGACGAAGGCCGGCAGCGGGAGGAGGCAGCGGUGGGCAGCGGGGCUCGGGCUGGCCGCACGCCGGCUGCGCCCCGGCCGAGCAUGCGGUGAGCCCCCAGCCCCCAGCCCCAGCCCCCAGCCCGCAGCCCCCAGCCCCGAGCCGCCGCCCCCAGCUCCAGCCCGGCCGCCCGGGCGCGCGUCGCAUGGUGCGGGGAUACCCGGUGCCGAUAAUAAAUGAUAGAGGAUACAAUGACUUUGCUGUCUCUGCUGGGUCGGAUCAUGCGUUACUUCUUGCUCAGACCGGAGACCUUGUUCUUGCUGUGCAUCAGCCUGGCCCUGUGGAGUUAUUUCUUCCACACGGAUGAGGUGAAGACCAUCGUGAAGUCCAGCAGGGAUGCGGUGAAGAUGGUGAAGGGCAAGGUGGCCGAGAUCAUGCAGAAUGACCGGCUCGGGGGGCUAGACGUGCUGGAUGCAGAGUUCUCCAAGACCUGGGAGUUCAAGAGCCACAACGUGGCCGUCUACUCCAUCCAAGGCCGGAGGGAUCACAUGGAGGACAGAUUCGAAGUAAUCACCGACCUGGUGAACAAGACUCACCCCUCCAUCUUCGGGAUAUUUGAUGGGCACGGAGGAGAGUCAGCAGCUGAAUACGUGAAGUCCCGGCUGCCUGAAGUCCUAAAGCAACACCUGCAAGACUAUGAGAAGGACAAGGAGAACAGCGUGCUGUCUUACCAGACCAUCCUGGAACAGCAAAUUUUAUCAAUUGAUCGAGAAAUGCUGGAAAAACUGACCGUAUCCUAUGAUGAAGCAGGUACGACUUGUCUGAUUGCGCUGCUGUCGGAUAAAGAGCUCACGGUGGCCAACGUCGGCGACUCGCGGGGAGUGCUGUGUGACAAGGACGGGAACGCCAUCCCCCUGUCCCACGACCACAAGCCCUACCAGCUGAAGGAGAGGAAGAGGAUUAAAAGAGCUGGUGGAUUCAUCAGCUUUAAUGGCUCCUGGCGUGUUCAGGGGAUCCUGGCCAUGUCCCGCUCGCUGGGGGAUUACCCUCUGAAGAACCUGAAUGUUGUCAUUCCCGACCCCGACAUCCUCACCUUUGACCUGGACAAACUGCAGCCAGAGUUCAUGAUCCUGGCAUCCGACGGCCUGUGGGAUGCUUUCAGCAACGAGGAGGCUGUCCGGUUCAUCAAGGAACGCUUGGAUGAGCCACACUUUGGUGCAAAGAGUAUAGUUCUACAGUCCUUUUACAGAGGCUGCCCUGAUAAUAUAACAGUGAUGGUGGUGAAGUUCAGGAAUAGCAGCAAAACAGAAGAACAAUAAUUACCAGUGAUUCUCUGCCUCACGCUGAACUUAAAACAAACUCUCACAUUUUAAACAUAGUGGAAGGCUCUAGUAAAUACCAUUAAGAUUCUCCACGAAAAGAACAGAUCCCUCUGGUCUUUGUUCUUCGCUUAACAGAAGGAGCAAUACAACCAACACAUUUUGAGUGAUUAUCAGAAUUAAGUUUGUUCACACCUAUCUGUCUCCUGUGACCUUGCUGCUCCUUAGAAGCUAACUGUAAUCUUCCAUUUCAGAAUUUUCUUUCAAAAUCCUGCGUAUGCUUUUCACUUGAUUUUUUACCUCUCAUUUCUAACAGAGGUUUGAUGUGAUGCACAGCAGGGCAGGGCAGCGCUGCUGCCAAUAGCAGGUGGUAGUGAUGGUGCUUUUCACUUGUAGGUGUGACUUAUCAGAACGAUGCUCUAAUGUUUCUCAUCUCUUUUCUUUUUAAUCUGCAGUGAUAAGGUUGUGUUGGAGGAGGUCUGUGAUUGUCGGGCUGUUACUGGUACGAGGAGGAGCCAGCUGUUCGCCCGCUGUCACACAGCUGGCUCGCGCUUUGCUUCCCCUCCCACCCCACAUUAAAUAACCCCUGCCGAGCACGUGGUUAGGUGUAGGUACUGAGCUACCCGAAGACACACACUUGUCCAGUCCGUGCACUGCUUUACCAGCAUUCCUUCUACUCCACAGGGUUAAACUCCAGCAGGAUACUGGCGGUCUGAGGUCUGUCACCUCCUCUAUCAAAAAAAAAAAACAAAAAAACAACAAAAAAAACAAGCUCUGUUGCGCUAUCAGAAUGCCUGUCAUUGCCUGAGACUCACUUUUCUGUUAUUUUUUUCGCAUGGACUUUUCAUAGGCAUGUAAGAGAACAAUGCAAGAUAAAAUUCAUUUCCUUGGUGACUGUUUGGAAAACUAAUCAAAGCAGAUGUUCCUUAGAGCUACCUAGGUGGAAGUCACGCCUCUUAAAGACUUCUUUGUAGCACCACAGGUUAAUUUGUGGUUUUAAUUCGGGGGAAGGCCUCCUUAGAAUUGUUUUUUGGUUUAAUGGAUUAAUGCCAAACAGUGUCACCACACUGUUGAGAUGAAAGCUUGUGAUAAAUCUAGAUAAAAAUAUUUUUAGAUCUAACUUUCAAUAUGUAACUGUAUUUUGGAACCUGUGACUGUUGUAAGUUUAAGCAAUGGCAUUCUGAGUGUGCCAUCUGAUAAUGUAGUUGGCUGCUUCAUGAACAAGGGGCAGCAGUGGCGGCAUGACAGGACUGCACAUGUCAGGGGAACAGAGUCGGGGCCCGAGUUGGAUGUUGGUGUUCUGGGUGGCUUGCAUACCUGCAUCGUGUCCCCUAGGACUCCUCACCCCUUCAGGAUGUGCUCCUGGAUGAUCUGCUGCCGUCUCUUGUCAUGGAGGUAGUGGAAGUUCUCUGGAAUUGGUCCCUGUGCUGAACCAGGGCCAUCGGCUGUAGUUAGAGAGUAACUAACACUGCUUCUUGGGUGAGGAUACAAAGUAAUUAGACAAAAAGCUAUCGCCCACAUAAAGCAUUUGCUGGGAAAGUGGCUUGCAGGUCUCUGCAAGCUCUGUUGUGGCUGUGUUAGCAGGUGGGAUGUCUCUCAAGAUGAGAGCACAAAUUCUGCUUUCUGUGCAGGGAGUUCCCAGCUCAGUCUUUUCAUUUUUAUUUCUAGGUUAGCUCUGUCCUACCAAACUUCCCUUCUUGAGUUUGUUUGGAGAUAAUCACAAUUUUUAGCUGGAGAUGUUGCUAUUGCCAGUGCUCUCCAACAUGUACAUGUGGCCUUCAGCUGCCUCUUCUCGGUCAAAGCUGCGAGUAGAGCCCCUUGGCUCCGAGUAGAGGACAAAGACACAGAAGUACAGAAGUGUCCAGCGUGCUCUGAAGCCAGCCUGAGUGGCCCUUCCCCGGAGGAUGCAAGGUUUCAGGCGUUUUUAAUCCCUUGAACAGGAAGAACAGCUUUCAGGGAAUUUGGAAUGCAGAUUUGCAUUUAAAUGGAGUGGGUACCCAGAAAUGCUGAUAAUUGCAGGGUUCCUCCGUUGUUUUAUUUUGAAGAAGUAUUUGAGGUCAAAUGCUGUGCAAUGAAAACCUCGUGCGCUAUUUUCAAGGGAGUGCUAAAUCACAUCAUAAUGCUACAGCAGCAGGAUCGAAACCGGGCUCUAGGCAGAGCUCAUGGUGCAUGGAGCAUUUGCCUUUCCUUUCUCCUUCACAGGUGAUGGUUCUGUUGUGCUGGCUUUCCUGUGUAGAGCAGAGAUUGGAUGUUUAUCAAAACAACUGCCCAGAGAGAAGAAGAAUUAGACCUAGCAGUCCACAGAAGACUGAAGCAGAGAGGCUUGUGCAGCAGUGACAGAACUACCAGUCCGUCAUGGGCAUUUGAGAACUUGGAAGCAGAGCAAUGGGCAGCUCUAAAAAAUAUUUGUAGACUAACCCCACUUCAGUGAAAAGCUUGUGGCUGCAGUAAACCUCUCCGCAGUGCACAUGCCUGAGGCUGGCAAGCAUUGCUGAGGAAUUCCAGACCUCCUGAGCACGGCUGCCUUUCUGGGUGCUCUAGCACUUGAGAUAGCUGGGAAAUGAGGUAGCAGGAAAUGCGUGCCUUCAGAGCCCCGUAGCUGCCAUAGGAAGCUGAGGGAGGGAGUAAAGCAAACUCUCACAUGGCUUGCUUGAAGAAUUUAAAAACUCACAGCACAAUGCAGAAGUGUCCUGCAGGCUUGCUUGGAUAUUUAUGCCAGGAUUCCCUCAUGCCUGUGGCUGCCCCGACAGCUACUGACUCGGCUCUGUCUCAACCUUUCAGCGUUUGCAGUUACAGCAGUGGUUGCUUCAGCCCCUUCAGCUGUCUCUGUAACACUCCCGCCCCUGUAGCAGCUCCCUUCCUGGCCACAGCUGUUAAGGCAGUGAUCUCUGGUGAUGCUGCUGGCGUUUGUUGUCUUGUCUUGCUUUGGUUUACUUUUAAAAAACUGGUAACAGCUGCUCUAGGUUUAGAGAUGAAGGACUAGUGGAGAUGGAGGCUUCGUGCAGUCUUCCUUGUCCAGGCGUGGUGCCUGCCCAUGUUCCCUGCCAGAUGUCUGUUUGCUAACCCAGUUUUAGCUCUGCAGCUUUCUGGCUGUGCCGAUUUGUGCCAAAUUCUGCUCUGAUCCAUGCAGCUAGUUGCCCCAUGACCAGGUUAAGUAACGUCCAUAUUGCUUAAACAGCCUAAAAUAUCUAGGGCCUGAUUCUCCUGCCUUACUCAUACAGCUUAGAGCAGACAUGGCAGAGCUCCCUCCUUGCCUUAGGUGUUCAUGGAAGUUUUUUGUCAGUUAAGCUCCAUCAGCGACAUCUGCUCAUCAGGCAAGCGCAUCUACUGGCAGAAAGCUGAUACAUGAAGUUGCUGCCAAAGAGCAUCUUUUGCACGGUCCAAUGUGAAAACUGUGCCUGUACCCAGUCAUCCUGCCCAGGGCUGCACCUCGCCGUUUGCUGCUCCUGGUGCACUGAGGGAGCUCCACGGGUGCGGGGCGGUCUCACAGCUCCGCCUCGUGGUCGGCCCCAGGCACGGCCCGGGCAGUGCCGAGCUCAGAGCCGCGCUGCGGGCACACACGCACGGGACGAUGAGAUUUGAGGCUCCAUUGCCCCGUGUGCACGCUCCCCGGGAGGCUGGCGCGGGCCCGUGCUCUCAGGCUGAAUUUUGCAGCACCUCACGACACCGGUGGCUGCACUCCUGGUGUUUGUCUGCGGGCUCCAAACAUCUGCCUGAGCGCAGCUCGCUCAGACCACAGCAACAAGCUGGGAAUGCUCCAGAACUCAUCGCUGGUCCCGUGCAAAACGCGUGCUGCUGCUUUUGGUGGGCACCCGGUGCUGGUGGCAGGGCAGAGCUGUGCUGUCUCGGGGGACAGAUGGUCACAGGUAACGUUCUGGGGGCUGCAGCAGCUCUGGAGGCCUAACAUUUCUACAAGCACUAAAUCUGAAAGGAAUGAGUCCAUUUUAUUGAUCGGUAUUUAGAUAAAUACAAAUAAAGUAAAUGCCAUCUAACAUAACAAGGAAUUGUCUGCUGACUUGCAAACAUAAGGUCGGCAUCAGAACUACUGUUACUGUUAUUAGAGUAUUAUACCACUUACACGUAAAAUUAGAAAGUUGUGAAGAUUUUAGGAUACAGAAAUUAGUACUAGAACACUGCAUCAGCUUGAACUAACUGCUACGUCACCACUAAUGCUGAAUCUUGAAAAUAAAGUUUGUUCAGCUGCUUCUCAGAAUAGAUGGCAUUCUGGCUUUAUAUAGUAUUGAUAUAUUGCAAAUGUAUGCAGAGAACCAUUUAGUAAAUGAUUAUAUCAAAGGAAAAAGCCACAACUCAUCAGCCUUUUCUAAAGUAGUUUGUUCGGCCUCCAUCCUGAGGUCUGGCCGUACACAACUGCACGAUUGAGGGAAUUACAACGUGCUGCAGAGUGUGACAGCUGUAAGACCAGAGCUGCUGCCCCUCCACGUUACCAAUAUGCUGUAACUUAGCAUUCUAAAUCUGAGGGCUCGUAUCUAGUAAGACAUAUACAGUUAAGCUAAUAUUAAUUUGCAUUUUGAAUUACUUGUAUUUACGUAGUAGUGACAGGCUCAGGUAAGCAGCUGUUUUAAAUACUGUUUUCCCCCAGGUAGCCAGAGGUUCCGGGUUUCAGUUUAUCACCAGUUACACGAACCAUUGCAGGCUUACUGUGCUCCGUUAAGCAAAGUGUGCAGUCAAAGCAGCUGACACCUGUCUAAAGCCAUAAAUAGAGAGGCUGACAUCAAGAGCAAUUCUGGACUAAAGUUUUGAAAUCCACUUUUAUGAGUGUGUCAGCUCCUACAUCUGGCAUUAAGGACAAACUGAGGUGGUUGAGCAAGAGGGAAAUAAAGCUUUCACCCUGCAUUUAAAGCACCAGCCGUGUGUUCUUUGAAGCCUGUGCAGACCCGUUAGUACCUCUUGGGACACAGGUGCCCAGAAAUCUUUUUCAGCCUGUAUGCAGCAAAGCUGAAUGAAUAAUCAAUAUAGCGCUUUAGAAAUGAAAAUACGGGGCUGAGAAGCCUUGCUCUCUGCCCACUCCUACACUGUGUUCAGGGGCGUGAGGGUAAUGUAGACAAAAGUGUACUUUAACUGCGUGUGCUUUAAUCCUGGUAAUUAGGAGAACAGUCCCAAUCAAGCUGUGUGACAAAUACCUGCUCGGUGCCCCCAGCAAGCAGGGCUGUGCCUGUGCAAAAGCAGCACAAGUUUGCUCCUGUGCCUCUGCCCAUGCGCUCACUUGGCUUCAUCUGCCGAUGAAAUCAGACUUUCACACCAGAACUGCCAAAGUCCCCGUGCAAUUUUUCAACUUUGUCCGGGUAAGAAAACAAUGAGUUAUGUUAAAGAGUUGCCUUUGGAAAAAGUUCUGUGGAGUUGGUUCCACUCUGUACCGAACCAUUACACUGCUCCGUGAUAAACUGUUUCUUUCAGUGGUUAGCAAGUCCUGGAUUUACAAAUGAAGUUCACUUUUGUACAUUUCAAAUCUGCCUGCCUUUAAUAUGUCAAACUGUACCAAUCAUGCUACCGUUAAGGACAAAGCUAACAGGGGCCGGGGCUACAAGAACAACUUUAAAGAUGUAUCGCAUGAGUAUUACACUGUGUGCCUGCAAAACCACUUCUACACAUGGCAUUUUUAAGUGCUCUCAAAAAAAAUGACCAGGGAAAGCUCAUUAUGAAAAUGAAGUGCACAGUGAGGGUUCUGUACAGGUAGCGUGGAUGUUUAUUGGAGAACAGCCUACACAACACACCAGAUAAAACCACCAUGCUUAAGCAAUUUGUCCUGGUGAAAGACAGCUUCCAUUUAGUACAAUGUCGCUGCAUUCUCUUAGAUAAGAGCCUCUUCCGGCUUCUCUUUUAACAUUUUUUCUCUCAAAAACACGUGUUUUUGAGAUUGCAUCUUUACUGCAAGCUCAGGGGAGGCUACGCUUUCCUCUUACUUCCAGGCCUACCACACAGCACUACUGAGAGGAGCAGCAAGGACACGGGCUGUGUCACCCCAGGGCAGAGAGCAGACCGGGAUGCUUAUGACAUCUACGCACCAUCGUCACUCACACUAUAAAAAACCUCAUUCGGGUCAUUUGGAUUAAUGUGGCCUGGAAAAUGAACGUGCUGCGUAGCAACUGUGGGAAGGCCAGAGGUAAACAGUGCUCAGAGACACAGACCCGCUCAGGAGAGGUCACCUAGGGUGAACGCCGUGUUUUUAAAUGCUUAUUUCAUAACAAGAAAAUUAAGUGCAGUCCCGUAAGUGCAGGUGAGACAAACUGUCCUACAGAAGACAGAAUGUUUCCUCGUACCAGGGGCAGGUGGACAGGGCCUUUAGCUAAGACUCACGGAACAGCAGUAUCUCAGACAGACUGUGCUUUCUUACGGCCUGUGAAAGAAAGCAUCUUUAUGAUUUUCACAAACCCAGUCUAUUUUUCUGUUUUUCACAAGUUGGGGUUUCUCUAAAAUGAGGACUAAUAAACCAUCUGCCGUGUUCCUUUUUAACUGUUUGCUUUCCUUCCUACAUGGAGUCCUUUCAUUCGGCUAUGGCUUGCAGCAAUACCGAGUAACUGCAUUACAACUUGACAAGCUUAACUUAACCGUCAGACUGCAGAAAGCUUUCCAUCUCUUUCCCCCACCCCUCGACUGUAAGCAAAUCACAGGAAAUUUAAUAAAUGACCAACGUGGUACACAUUGGUCAGACAAAAAUAGAGACAAAAAAUAGGCAGUAGAGCUCUGCCUCCCCACCGCUAACAUACCUGGUAGGCACAUCAGCAACUCGGUGUCACUUUGGUUGGUUAACCUCCAGUCAGCUUCUAGUUUAAUUUUUUUUAAAAUAUGGUGAAAUUACAUCAUUUACUGUACAGCUAUUCAUGAGGUACUUACCACUUGCUCUGAGAUCUGUUAGUACUAACUAGAGAGCGCACCAUAAAACUUAGGAAGAUGUGCCCACCGGUCUGCGUGCUCUCACGCUGAGCUGGUUGUAGAGAAUAAUGCCUCCGGAUUUGCAGCACACGCGUAGUGGCUUAUACUGACCUUGUUUAUUUUCAAACAUCCACAACACACAGAAGCAUUUUGACUUAGGAACUCUGUGAAACAAUGUACAGGCAAGACAGGCUUGAAAUGUCAGACUGUAAACAUUUUGCUGUUCACCCUGAAGUAGUUUCCAGACAUCUUUGACCAAUGGAUUAUCAGCUUUUUCAAAACAGAAACAUAUCACUAUCAGAACUGCUUGGCAUUUUAUGUUAAUAUGGCUUUCUGAGCCACCUGCGUGCACAGUAAAAAGAAUCUUAGGAUUUGGAAAAAUCUUAGCCUGUGGUUUAUGCAUAAUUUCAGUAAGCAGAUGCUAUAAAAUUUGGGCCCAGCACUGAUUUAAAUGCUUGUAUUAGUCCCCCGUCGUAAGCUGUUUUACCUGUUGCAUGGCUGCUCACACCAGAAUCUCUCCCGAUAUUUGCUUUAAGCAGAACCAUUAGCUUAGUUGUGUGUUUUUCCAGCCUUUUAAGCAAUAAUAAGGUCAGACUCAAAUACAAACUAGACUUGGGAAAGAGUUUCAGAAAAAAAAAGAAAAAAAAUAGAAUCAGGAAUACUUUGCAGUGCAGAACUGAUGUUCCCUUUAAAUGACAAUUUCAGGUGGCAUAAACAGCUCACGGUGUAUAUAAAGCUGCAUUUGUGAAAGCAAAAGCCUUGCAAUCUAUAAUCAGCAUUAUCAUUCUGGGGUGCAAAUAUGAAACUACCUUGCUUGGUGACGGUCACAUUUUUACUGCAGCACUGCACAGCCAUUUACCCCGGGUACUCCUUUUUAUUCUCUCACCAGGAGCACUGUCUGCUUUAUCUACCCAGUUGCUAAAGAUUUCAUAGUCUUUCAUAACCACAUUUUUUUGAAAAAGCAAUACAAACUAUGCUGUAGUAUCAGUGUUCUUGUGACAAAUAAUUUAUUUCUAAACAUUUUACAUGGCAGGCUUAAAAAACCAAUGGCUUUGUUUUAUUUAGAGGUAUAAACAAUCAAAGAGCAAGUUAACCAUUUCUCACAGAGCUCUCAGGAUCUGACCACAGUGCUACAACAAUCAAAUAACGGAUCCUAAAACAACAGGAAUAACUGUAGUUUUACCUCUGUUUCGGGAGCUACAACAGCAUUCUUUCCUUGGUUAUGCAAUACAGUAGCUUUAGCUAUUUGGUUUAACGAAAAAUAUGUAUUUUUGAAAAGCUUUGACCCAUACGUUCUUAGAACACUGAAAUCUGAAAUACUUGUCUAGGCAGUAUUUUCCCCAAUACAUCAUUUUUAUAUAUAUUUAAAAAGUCCUAUACUUCCAUCAUAAAACCAUGUAGUUAUUGAGAAGACAGCAGAAUUCAAUACUGACCAUAACCACAGCAUAACAAAAACAUUGGUGAAACCUCAGUCUUGGUACCAGAGGCUUCUGUACCUCUUCUAAUUUGUCUCUAAGAGACUAUCUGAAAGACAGCCAAAUGUAAAUAUAUCAUAACACGUUAGCUAUAGUACAAAUAAAGUGGCAGUGCUCUGUCAUUCUAGAUGUACAGGAUGUAACUAUAGUCUCCGCUGUGUAGUAGAUGUGUCUAGAAUAAUUAUGUUAAUGUAAUUGCAAAUUCUGUAUCGUUGUCUAUUAGAAGUGUAAACUACUGAAACCUUGGUCUUGCCGCUAUGAAUAAAGUGAUUAGAAUACCCAUCUUUACAGA